AUGGGAAUCGUCAACAAUGGUUAUGAUAACCCAAACCCAUUUAUCGGCACUGUUGUGAAAUCUAUUGAUUCCACAAGUCGGAAUCUAACAACCAAGGAAGGAAACGAAAUCAUCCGAGCGACGAAUCAUCGACAAGUGAACCGAAAGCACCGUCUCGCAUCAGAACUCAAAAUGAAAGUCGAAGCAUAUCACGACCAUCGUACUGAUGAAAUGCGACUGCUAAUCGAUAAGAGAACCUUCACCACGCAGAAGGAAUACUUGUUGCGACAAGAAGGAGUCUUAAAGAGGCUCAUCGAAGUCAACGACGAAACAAGACGUGAAACGAUGAUCCUCGAUAUCCCAGGAGGAAAUCCGGAUAGAUUUCAACUGAUUCUAAAUUACCAUCGAAACGGUUUCGUAGACUUACCACAAGCGACAGAUGACAUCAGAACGAUCAAAGACGAAGCGAUUUGUUAUGGCUUAGAAGGACUAGCAAUGUCGUGCGACGAAAAAAUAAGGAGAGAAGAAUUCGUAGCAGAAAGAAUCCAAUGGCUGGCCCGAUUCUUCCGCUUCGGAUUAGCUUACAAUGAGCCGGUACCACAAUCAACCUGGAUUCCACAAGCAGAAUUGGAAAGUGCGAUUUUCCGUGUAACGACGCAAAAGUACGACUUGGCGAUGGCAUCAGAGGCGCAAUUCCAGACUAAAACAACGGGAAAUACAUUCCGACUACGCCAAUUCUUCGAAUUCAUCGAGAGACCUAAAUCCAAAUACUCAAAAUGGUAUGAAUUCGCAGAAAUUCUCCAAGCACAUCUGGAAGACUUAGUAAGAAACGAGAAAAGAUUCGGAACGCGACUGAAAACGGAGAAGAGAUCAGAAAAACAAAUCAUCGAAAUGAAAACAGGAGCGAUCAAAAGAAUCCAGAUUCGCCGAAUCGAGAGCGAAACCUUCCCAGUACACGUACGUACGAAUCUCGAAGUGAGUAAAAUCAUAUCAAUACUCUCGGAAUUCGGAGAAAUUCUCGGUUAUCAUCAUCGUCCGUCUGCAAAAUUCCCAACUCCUGAUUUUACGUUCAUUACAUACAAAAACCGAGAGAGCCAAAGAGCAGCACUCCAAGCACAAUACGUUAUAGACAUGGAAGGAAGGAAAGUGAUGAUCCGGCAAGCAUUGCCGCCGUAUAACGGGCACAAACCGGUGUAUCAACCGUACGACGAAACAUUGGCAACAAGAAAUGGAAAGGCGAACGAUAUCUAA